AUGGAUGAACGGCGACGACGACGACGACGACUCGCCCGGCCUGCUUCUUCAACGGCAGCUCCUCCUCCAUACAUGAGAGGCCUUUUCCCCUCCACACAUGCGAGUAAGCAGGAGAAGGGCGGGGGUGGGGGAGAGAGGAGGAGGAGGAGGGUAAAAAGAAGAAGGGAGAGGGGAGAGGAGGAGGAGGAUGAGGAGGAGUGGGAGGUAAAAAAGAAGGGGGAAGAGGAGAUGGAGGCGGAGGAGGAGGAGGGUAAAAGAGAGGAGGCGAAGGGAGGAGGAGGAAGGGAGGUAGGUUCGCCACAACCUCCUCCUCCUCCUGCACCUCCUCUUCCUCAUCCUCCACCUCCUCCUCCUCCUCCUCCUCCUCUUCCUCCACUCACCUCCUCCUCCUCCUCCUCCUACACUUCCAAAGUGACUACUACUACUACUACUACUACUACUACUACUACUACUACUACUACUACUACUACUAACUACUACUAA